CGUGCUCUUCUGAAAAUGCUCAGGUUUUUCGUCAUAUGCCUAUGAAAACAGUCACCACUCCUACUGUGCAUUUACAGUUGACGGCCACCGACACCGCGAUCUCUCCAGACGCCAAUGUCGACCCAGAUCGUGAGGAUGACUUCAAGCUGCCAAAACGGUCUUCCCUUACUUGUGUACUGAUCUGCAAUCUUCUGAUCCAGAUCUCCUACUUCAUCGUCAUCCCCACCUCCUCGACCUACGCGAAGAGCCUGGGAGGAACCAACGCCAUAUCCGGAGCAAUCAUCGGUGUACCCACGGCCUGUGCAGCACUAUGCCUCGCUCCAAUGCUCCGUAUCAGUAAGAACGGGUACGGAAGACCACUUAAAAUUGGUUGUUUGGCCAUGGCUCUCGGACAGUUUCUGUACGCCAUCGCGGAUCGCACGGGAUGGUUGUACUUGAUCCUCAUCGGGCGCAUCGUGAGUGGACCCGGUCAGGUAUACCUGAUGUUCGGCAAACGUUUCUGCACGGAUCCCCGUCAGGUGGGUCUUCGACGCCGUGCGACACUCGCUAGUUGGCUCGUUCUCACACAAGCAGCUGGGACGAUGAUUGGGCCAUUUGCUGGGGCUUUAUUAUAUAGGAUUGGGGUGAGUAGUGGGGACUCGAAGUGGUGGAAUGGGUAUACGGCGCCGGGAUGGUUGAUGAUGGGGUUGUGGUUGGUAUUUUUCGUUGUCGUGAGUUGUGUGUUUGAGGAUGUGCAGACAGAAAUCGUGCAAGAAAGUCCGGAGUCUGAUACCGAGGGCCAUCCAAAACGCAACCUCCUUUUGAGAUUCGCUUCAUUCUGGCAGGACGAAUUAAUCACGCCUAUACGCAAGCUCCAACCCCGCCAGCAAGCAGUUCUUGCUUGUAUGGUGUGGUACGCAACCAUAGCAUUCUUCGUCCUCGGUACUUGGGAAGCAUUCAUCCCAUCAUAUUCCAAAGACGCACCUGGCCUCAAGUUGACACCAUUCUCCUCCGGUAUUCUUUUCGCGCUAGGGGGGCUUGCAGUUUUCCCGAUCCUCGUAGUGAAUUUGUUCACUGUGAGGAAAACACAAGAACGGCAUACAUUCCUCUCUGCAUCGUUGGUUGGAAUUGUUGGCCUGCUAAUCCAGUUGAUGACGCAAGUGACGGGGAAGGUGCACUACUCAAGCUUCUACAUCAGUUGGGUACUGGUAGCCUUAGGCUUCAACCUCCUCACAACUCUCACGUUCGCUCUACUCAGCAAGCAGCUUCCAAAGGAGUGGAACCUGAGAAGUAGCCUAAUCAUCCAAACAGGAAACUACAUCGGGAGAGUAACAGGAGCCUUAUGGGGCGGAGUCAACGGUAAAGUUGGCGCAAACACAACUAUAGGUCUCGAUCUGGCGUUUGCCGGAAUAGCCGUGCUCUCCCUACUUCCCCUCUGGACCUUCAUGAAAGCAAAAACAGGAUAAGCAGGCAUGGUAUCUAAGUAGAUAUAUUCGGACCAAGAAUACCCAAUAAAGCCUAAUCAUCCACCAUGCCAACGUACAAAUCACGAUCACAACCUGUGGACCUCUGGAUAAAGGGCCGCGACCUAGGCCUCGCUAUGACGAAUCUCAAACCUGAAAGACAAAACGCCUCGUAAAGAACCAACACACACUCAUCUCAUCAAACACUCCGCUCCGAACACCUCAUGCACCACCUAC